CACAUGUUAAGAUCACAACUGGGUUAUUGCCUUAAUGUAUUCAAUUGUUUUAAAUUUAAAUGAUAAUUAAACAAUUUCAUAAUUGACGUCCGCCAAUUUUCUUUGAGAUAUCAGAUAAGAAAUUUAGUGUUCAGACUAUGAAAAAAUAAAUUACACGGAGUCCGUCAGGAGGUUAUCAUGUGUGGUCAUCGGUAUUAUAACACUUGAGAACAUACGUAUUACUUAAAAGAAAAUUCUCACAAAUAAGAUUUUACUGUUUUACCAAAAUUUAAAAAUGACCAAGAAACUCACCCCACACAUGACUGAUUUGCAGGCAAGAUCCAUUGCUGAUGAAUAUGUGAAAGAACUGAUUGAGAAGGUAGUUGCGAACCCAAUCUUGAUUGACGGGCUAACUAGAGAACAGAUCGGCCAGAGGGUAUUCAACAUGAUCCGCUCCGACAUCUUCCUUUUCGUCAAAGCUAUACUGUCGCUUGGGGCAGAGGUAGGUCACGUCGACACCCUCGAGGAUGAGAGGUAUCUACUCAAGGAAGGCAUGGAGAUUGGUACCGCCUUCAAUUACUGUUUCUUGAAGAAGUAUAGAAUAAGGCCGGAAACCAAAGAAUUACCUAAGAAAGAGGAUUGAUGCAUGAAGAACGACUCCUAUUUAGAGAGGGUUGAGGCUGUGUGUUCAUUCAGUUGGAUAUUACCAAUGGUGUAAUAAAUAGUAAAUUCUUUUUUUUUUAUAAUAACAUUUAUAUAUAGUUUUAUAGAUUGUACAAUG